CAUAGAAGAUGUGUUACAAUAUAAGGCAGUGAUGUCUCUAACUGAUGAUUUCUAUGACAACUUAACUGAUUUUGAAUUGAUUAAUGGAACCAUUCAACAACUGGUUGAAGAUAUAAAUUAUAAUUUAUCUGGCAGGAUUAUUGGCAAUUCUAAUUUAUUCUUUAUAGAGUUGCUUAAUAGUGAUGAAAUAGACCCUGAUGAUGAUCCUGAGAAUGUAUCAUUGUUAAUUACAUUAAUUGCAAAUAAUCAAGGAAAUGGGCUUAGUCAGCAAAUAGAAAUGGAUUUAGGCAAUUCACUAGGAUUAAUGAUUACUAAUGUUGUAAGAUUUGAUGGUUGCCCAACAAGCUCUACAACCUUAUUAUCUGAUUCUGGUGAUCCAAAACUUACUUUAACAAUCAAAUGGCCUGAAACUAAUAUUGGAGAAAUAGCUGUAGUUAAUUGCCCAUGCGGUAGUAAUGGUACGUCAGCUAGUGGUACCUUGAAUGCAUCUCGCAAUUGUGGAGGUGAUUUCAGUAUUGGAGCUCUGUGGCAAGCACCUUUUGUAAUGAAGUGUCAAUUAAGUGAUUUAGCUAGAAUGAUAUGUCAACUUAAAGACCGAUUGUUUCCUGGUGUCAGUUAUGCACCAGUGAUUGAUAUGGUUAAAGAGCUUAAUGCAAUAACUAGUAACAGCAGUGAGAUUGGAUUUACUGAAGUGACUGCAGUUGUUAGUGUUUUGGAAGCUGCUGCUGAAUUUACUAAUAAAAUUGCUGAAAAUACUAUGUUAAUUACAUCAAUAUUUGAAGUAAUUGAUAAUCUAUUAGCUGUUAAUCAAGAGACUUUAAUAGAAAGUCAAGCACUGUCUAAUAGCUCAUCAAGAAUGCUUGCUAUUGUAUCUAAUAUGGCUGCUAUUAUUAAUAUUACUAAUGCUUCAAAUCAUGUUGUCAAAAAUCAUGCUUAUUUUGCUGUUUCAAUUCGUGAGAAUAAUUUUGAAGGCUUUGGUCGUGAAACAUUAAGCAUCAAUCUCACAGACUUCUCUGAGCCAAAUGUUAAUUCGUACAAUAUAACUCUUGAAACUGAAGGAAACAUUGUGUAUUCUACUGGCUCUGUGACAUUGCCUAGCAGCAAUUUAAAUUCAUCUAAUAUCAAUAGAAUCACCAAUGCAGUAUUUUUAACUGAUUCACUGUUUCUCAGGCGCAAAUUUGAUUAUUUUAAUGUUAGCAGUGUAGUGAUAUCAACAAGCAUAUUAAGGGAAUUUGAUGCUAUAAAAGAACUGGAUUCUCCUGUCAAUCUUAGUUUUCAACUUAAUCCUGCUAUCAAAGGCUCAUUCCCUCAAUGUGUUUUCUGGGAUCAAUCUUUAAACAGUGGGUAUGGUGAUUGGUCUAGUGAUAACUGUGAUACUUCAUAUGAUUCAGUUACGCAAGCAAUCAAAUGUUUUUGUAAUCACUUGACCAGUUUUGCUGUAAUACAGGAUGUGUCUCCAACUGAACCAUCAACAGUAGUUAAUGUUUAUUAUCUUGAUUCAGUAUCUUAUAUUGGUAUUAUCAUUACUAUCAUUUGUCUCAUCAUCACUGUUGUGUUUUAUCUGUAUAACAAGGAUUUAAGGAUAUCAAAUCACUGCCACAUGCUGCUCAAUCUUUGCUUUGCCUUUAUUGGUCUGUAUCUCUCAUUCGUUACAUCAAUUCAUGCAAGGAAUAUCAAUAGUUUUUGUGCACUAUCUGGCUUUAUGCUUCAAUUUUUCUUUCUUGUCUGCUUAAGUUUGAUGUCAGCUGAAGCAAUAGACCUUUACCUUAACAUUGUUAUUAAUUCAAGCAUAAAGUUUUUCCAUCUAAAAGUUACAUUAGUAUCAUGGAUUGUUCCAAUUUUUAUUGUCAUAUUCUGCUUCUCACCAAGUUACAUGAAUUACAUAAAUGACUCUUCAAACUUGUAAGAUAAAUUAUAGCAUGCAUUUUUACUAGUGUGCAAUAUUAAUCAAAAAUGUGUAU